ACCUUGGCUAGCGGUCAACAGUCUUGGUUGCGAGCUCGCGUCGUGCGCACGCACGCGUUUGAUGGUACACCACCAAACGAAUCUGUGAACAUUUGACGUUUGGCAUCGAUCCAUAAACACCCCCACAAAUAUUUUUAAUCAAAGUGUAAAGGAUUUUUGAAGUUUUUGGCGUUGUGACAUCAGGAAUACCAGGAAAACAUUUAAAAAGCAGUGAAUUUAAGGAUUAUCAGUGUGGAUGCGCGUGGCAUCGCGAGGAUAUGCGUCUAAGGAAGUGACUCUUCGAGUGCUCGAGAACGGCUUGGAUAUUACCAGCGCAUAGCCGGCAUAUUUGAGUGCAAUCAUGCCGAAGAUAUUUCUGAUCAAAAAUCGACUCCACCAGCAACAGUUACGGCUGCUGGAGUCACAGAACGCCGCCAACAACAAGAAUGACCUUCUGGGUGAUGACCAGAAGCCGUUGUCGCUGAUAGUCCAGAAGAAAGAAGAUCGUGAAAAAUCCGAAAAACAUGAGAAACCCACGAAAUCGUCUUCGGAGGAAUCACCACCGUCACCAGCGAAAAAAGAAUCCGUCCCCCCGAGACGUUUCAUAUCUUCUAUUCUCGGUGGGGAUGUUCCUUAUGGAAGCCGAGGACAUGUCCUCACCAGAGCAGAGAGAAAAGAAUACGCUCCCAUUGUCCCUCCGGAUAAGAUAACCCUACCCGCUGGACAGAAACCUACUGAAACAAAUGUCCCUUCAGUCCCACAAGAUUUAGCCCCUGUUCGCUGCUCUGUCAUUCAACGUACGCCCAAAACAAGCAAACGAGAUGAAGACGCUGACGCGCGAUUACCCACCACUCCUAUGGUUAUCCACCAGGAACCCGAACAGGAUCAACCUAUUGAUUAUCACAUUCCCAAGCGGCGUGGUGAGAAUGAGGAUGAAAAUGAUGAGAGGCGAGAUCGUGAACAACGAAGAAGCAAUUGCCACAAGAUCAGCAAACCUUUAAUCUCAGUGCGGUCUAUUGUUGGUAAAUUACCAUCGGUGAUGUCGGCGGCAGCAGGGCAUGGUCGUGGCAGUGGAGGUUCCGCUCCUCAAGGAGGAUCAACUGGACAACAAUCAAAUGGAUCUUCAAGUGGAGGUGGAAUAAGUUUUUCAUCUGUUUCCUCUGGAGGUGCAGGUGGUGCCCUUGGAGGUGGGACAGGUGGAGGUGGAAUGAACCCAGGCAGAGAUGGGCGUCAGAAUUAUGGACCUAGUAGUCCACCUACUGGUAGUCUUCCACCAUUCUAUGAAUCUCUUAAAGGUGGUAACAAUAAUAAUAACUACAACGCGAAUGGGAACUUUGGGUAUAGUUUACUAAAUGGUCACCAGAAUACUGGGAUGGACACCGGGCAGGAUCUCGGACUGAAUAUGAAUGGAAGCCAAAGCCCACCAAAGCAAUACUCCACGCUGCAAAAUGCUUCCUAUGGUCUUGUGAUGAAGGACGAAGUAGACUUAGAUAUCUACGAAACUAAACUGGAUCAAAUGAGUAAUUUGCUGCCUAGCUCCUACACCGGAUACGAUGAUAGUAUGAUGGUUGAUAUGGUCACUGGAACCGUAGUGGAUCCAUUGCAGUUUACUGCAACCUUAACCUUCUCCAGUUCAGCUGAACAUGCAUUGCUAGAGAGUUUAUCAGAUGCUGCUGAUUUAAGUACAUUCCUCCAAAGGUUGCCGAAUGAUGACAAUGAUGAGAACGAGAUUAUCCAUUCAUCCCCAUCGAUGACCCCCGACACUGCGCAGUUACAGAACGUUGAAAACAUGGAUCAAUUCUCGGAUCAUUUACUAAACCGGAACUAUCAGAACGGAGAGCGGUACCCAAAUCAACCUCAGCAGCAUCAAUUCUCAAAAAUGUAUCAAGAUAAUCUGCCGUCGUAUCAAGCAGCUGUGAAUGAUAACAUUAAUUCAGUGAACAUGCAACCUCAAACGAUGCUAUCUCCGAGUUUGAGUUUUAAUGGAUCUGCGUUGGACUUAGAUUCUCCAACAACGAUGUCUUUACCAUCGCCGGGAGCUGCUUCUUGUUCACUUGAUGGAAACUCGCAUAAUGAAAACGGCAGUCUCAGCCCACCAGCAAACGUGAGUGGGGGUGGUGCGCGCAGGGACUCGUCUUCGAGCGAGGUACCUGCUCGUGCUAUGCAACAGAGGUUGGGGUUAUCAUCAGAAGUUCAGCUUGAGUUUGUUAAUGGUGGUCAUGGUAUCAAGAACCCACUGGCUAGUCAGGAACCAGCAAGGGCCACGACGCGCACAGAGGAGAAACCGAAAGUCGCUGCAAUCACCACCGAAGACGGACAAUCGCAUUUCUGCUGCCGUAUUUGUAAUAAAUCAUUUGCUCUCCAGCGUUUACUCAAUCGACAUAUGAAGUGUCAUUCGGAUGUCAAGCGGUAUUUAUGCACAUUUUGCGGAAAAGGAUUCAAUGACACUUUCGACCUAAAGAGACAUACGCGGACACAUACAGGUGUAAGACCCUACAAAUGCAGUUUAUGCGAAAAGUCCUUCACGCAGCGAUGUUCACUUGAAUCUCACUGCUUGAAAGUCCACGGAGUGCAACAUGCGUACGCGUAUAAAGAACGCCGAACCAAAGUCUACGUUUGCGAAGAGUGCGGCCACACGACCAGCGAACCGGAAGUGCACUACAUUCACCUAAAAGAAAAACACCCCUACAGCCCAGCGCUGCUCAAGUUCUACGACAAGCGACACUUCAAAUUCACCAACUCGAAUUUUGCUAAUAUGCUCUUACAAGUACGUAGUAACUGACCUCAAAUCCUCUCUCUGAUCCGUGCAUCCAAAAAUUCAAACCGAAGAGCAUAAAUUACACCGUGUGUUUCUAUUGUUUCCAGUGAGAUGACACAUUGGAAAAAUCAAGAAAGAAAACUCAUGUAGGGUUUGUGCAUUUUAGCUGUAACAAAAUCACAAGAUGGCGGCUAGCGCACAAUCCGCUGCGUUUCCAUCUAAUGCAUCUUUUUUGUUAUUUUGGUUACUUCUGUGAUAAUAUUAAUUUUACUUUUAUCGAUGACGAUUUUUUAUUUUUGGUCGAUGGACCCUUGUCGUUUAACUUGUGCUUCACAUGUAUGUACUUCACAAGAAUAAGCAAGAUGGCGGCGAAGCGAACUGAUAAUGAAAACAUACACACACACUCCACAUACACACAUUUACACACUCAAGAUGAAAGACAUGCCCAUUGCGGGCACACGACGUAAUAAUAUAUUUUAAUAAACAUUAAAAUCGGGUUAUUUGUGCAAUCGGUGACUGGUUUUGGGGUUUAUUCGUAUUGUGUUUUAGUUUAACGCGUCUCACGGGACGCUAACAUGAAUUUAAGCGAUGGCGACGAAUGCAGGCAAUGCUAAUGAUAGUAAUUAACUAAUUUAAAUGAUGAACAUAGGCGAAAGACAUAAUGUGUAUAGUAUUAUUCCAAAAAUGAAUCAAACUUUGUUUUAAAAUAUCGAAUAUCGUUAAUUAUGUAAGUGCUAAAGUAAUAUUGUAAUGUAAUAUUUAAACGCUGUAUUUAAUUUAUCUAGAUGUAAAUGACAGUAGCGGGACAGCGUUAGAAUUUCGAAAAUUCAUCUUUUCAUUUUAAUACGCAGUAAUAAAUUUAUUUUUUGGUAAUUGAUGAUUGUCACAAUCAAAAUUUGGUAUUCGGGUGCAUUUUAAGGGGUGUAUACGAUUUUUCUCGACUUUAACGUGUCCCGCUACAAACAAACACGUAAAUUCUGGUGCUUCAAGAUCUCUCUGGUGCUGCAGAAUUUCAUUAUUUAAUAUUUAAGCCGCGCGCCCGUCCGGCUGUCCUUUUGCACGCGUCAAAAUGGCCGCCGCACGCGUCUGUCUUUAUGUUUUACAACGAACGAAGCUGCAAUAUUUAUUUUUAACGACACGUUCGAAUGAAAUCACAUUCUUCUUGUAUAUAUACCCGCUAUAUCGUAAUGUGUAAGCACGAAUACUUUAAGUACCUUUUGUUUAUUGGUCAAUAUUUCGGCCGGAAGUAUUUGCAUGGAAACACAUAAUGUUUGCGACUGUACUAGACUAUAUGAGACAUUUUAAUUCGUAGUUAUUUAAUUAAAUCGUUUACUUUUAUUUUAAGCGAUGAUCGGAGGGACAUCACACGAUUAGCUUUAAAAAGAGAAAAUCACGAAGGCAAACGAAGGAAACUAAGGAAUUUGUAUCAUGAUUAGGCCUGUAGAAAAUUGACAGUGAGGCGAUUAUGUAAACACUUAUUUACAAUGUACAUGUAUUCUAUUAAUCGACUUACCCAUCUUUUAUUAUUAUUUUAUUGUGUUUUAUUAUUGUAGAUCAAAAAAUGUUCAUUUUUCCAUCUACAACUUGUUACAUUAUCAAAUAAAUUAUAUAAAUCACUUUUAAAA